GACAACAACACCGAAAUAGACCUACAAGCUCUGCGCCCAUGACGUCAUUCGGCAGAUAAGGUUGUUGGGUUCUUCCUUCUCGCUAAUUCAAGCGCGACUCCUUCUCCAUUUACGACUUCAGUGUGUGUGCAAACGUUACCGCUCUCGUUCACAAUCUGAACACUAACAAACAAAUCCCCCCCAAACGGUGUACGGGCAGUUGUCAAGCAGAUUAUCAGUGAAAGGCCCCAUGGCGCGGCAUUUUGGUGGUUGAUGAUGAUCGCUUGCGUUUAGGGAAUCUCUCGGAGUGUAACCUUUGACGUUAGCAUAACUUAGCAGGCUAAUGCAAAGACACUGCUUUUUGAACAACAACCGCACACGUUCCUCCGUCCUGCAUACCUUAGAGAGACACUUUUAUUUGUCAUCGAGAAGGGGUGUUUACUGAGAAAGAAAGGAAGCGAGGACUGUAAAUAACACAGGCCCAACUCUCAGCUUGUUCAAGCGAGGCAAACCACAGUCCGUUAGCACACGUUAGCUUCCCCUCAAAGUGCUCACAACUUAGCUAAUUAGCGAACUGUUGUAACAAAAUCUGGGGAAAAAACGCGCACCUACCUGAUCUAAAUUAUCGUCGCUAGCACUGUCUUCGGAGUCAGAGUCAAUCACGACUCGACCUUUCCGCUUCUUUACAUUCACCAUGAUUAGCUGCACUAGCUAACCUGCUAGCUACCUCUGUGGCGUCUAAAUGUUUGAGGCUAGCCGUUUGCUUGCUAGUCUCGAGCUAGUUGGCUCUGCAGUCAGUCACACAAAGGCAGUACUGAGCAUGCGCGCUCGCACUUAUAUCAUAGCUACAAUUGGGGUUUAUGGCUCUUCCAGAGAAAUAAAAAAUAAUAUGUAUGUUUGCACACUUAUCAUAUUACUUUAUUGAUAUAGUUGAUAUAAAGAAUACGAGGACAUUGACGGUUAGCUAAGAAUGGAACUAUAUACUGAUAGUGAGUGUGUCAGUCAGGACAUACAUCUUGGGUGCACUACUGCGAUCUUCAAGGUCCACGAUAAAUCAACAUUUUACUGUUGAAGCUUCAAUCUGUAGCUCCGUGAGUUGAGUUCUUGUAUUUGUAAAUGAGAUCAGCACACGACCAGUUUAUACAUGUUUUCAAUCCAUAACAGUGUUUUAAAGAGAUAACGUAAUGGAUUUGUCAGACUAAUCCAAGAACCGAAGUCGGGGAAAUAUCCAUCCGUCACCAUUUGUUACAGCAUGAUCACACAGUGAACCGUCCAUAUCACUGCUGAAAUGUCUCUGCCAAAGAUCACACGUCUCCCCUCAGUGAGGCUGCUGAGCUCCAUCCAGCGCCACCAGCUGCUGCUCCCCUCCAUCACUCCUCCCACUGCGCCCAGAAGAGCUGUGAGUCAGGGCGAGUAUAGACGACCCGGCCAGCCCAAAGAGGACAAGUUCCCAGGGCAGCCGAUUAACUUUGGCUUCUCAAAGGGUUUUGAGGGGAUAAAGAAGCAUUUCACACUGCUGAAGAAGGAGUUCUCUGACCGCUGGGUUGGUCCACAGGGCAAACCCCUCCUUGAGCACAUGUUGGAGCAGAACCGAGUGAUAUGGGAGUUCAGAGGCCCAGAGAGCCUGGACCAGUGGACAGUGUCCUCAGAUCGUGAGAUAGGAGGCCAAAGUGAAGCUUACUUGAAGCUCGGCAAAAACAUGAAUACCUGUUUCCUGUAUGGGACUCUGAGCUCUACACCUCCAAGGGAUGGAGAAACGCGCUACAGUGGCUACUGCACCAUGCGCUCAAAGCAAUCACUGGUUUCAUUCGAUAGAAAAAAGCACAAUGAUUUGUCCAGUUUCAACACCCUGCAUUUGCGAGUACGCGGUGACGGACGUCCGUGGAUGAUCAAUAUUGCCACAGAAACAUACUUCUCACACCAGAAAGAUGACAUAUACAAUUAUUUCCUGUACACCAGGGGAGGCCCCUACUGGCAAGAUGUCAAGAUACCUUUCUCCAAGUUCUUCCUUACAAAUCGUGGGAGGAUACAAGACGACCAGCAUCCUCUCUGGCUGGACAAGGUUAACACCAUUGGAUUUACCUUGGGGGAUAAAGCAGACGGUCCGUUCCAGCUGGAGAUUGAUUUUGUUGCGGUCUGCAAAGAUUAUGCUCACACUGAGGAGUUUGCCUACGAGGUGUACAAGAGAAAUCCAGACAUUUGAGAGCAACUGCUGAAACACUGCAGAUGAACGGUUAUUCAAUAAUGGCCAGGUUAUACUGAAACUACCAAUAAACAAGUCCACCACCUUCUUGGGGACAAUCAGUUACAUCCCAACAAUCAUUCCUGGUAACACUUAUUUUUUUAAGACACUGUAUAUUUGGAUUCUAGCACAUGGACUGGGGUACUUUAGUAACUGUGUGCCACCUGCAGAAGUAAAAGCCCUGAGGAAGUUACUUGUUAUAAAAUGAUAUUUUAUUACAAGACAUUAAUUGAGACCAUCUUGCUGCUUUAAAAAAAUUAAAAAGUUGUUUAUCUUGUUCCAAGACUUGUAUGAGACACAUUUUCCUCCAACAGAUGUUAAACAACCAGAUCUAAAACCAGAACCAUGAACAAUAAAAAAAAAUACAUCUCAUGUGACUUUUAAACAUUUUUUGUGGAACAGAUUUCCUUACAUCAUCCAGACUAAACCACAAAAGAAACUUAAACUUAAAAAUGGAGAACGCAGACAAGGGACUCUUUUUAUCGGUCUUUCCAAAAAGGUAAAAACAAAGCACAUCAAAUUAUAAGAACAAAAUUACAGUUUUAAAUACAGCAAAACAGGAUAUCGAUUCUCUACAAAAACACAUAAAAAGCAUCAGUGAGAGCUAUAAGGUGUUAACACUACACCAUGAGUCAAAUCUAAAAGAAAUGGUUUGGUAGGUUAGAUAGAAGCAGAAAACGAGAGCUUCCUGACAGACUAAAAGAGACUGCAGGAAAGAAAGCGUCAAAAUAUUUACACUGGAGAAACAGGCUGUACAAAACGUCUACAGACAAGCACGAUGUUUUUACAUCAUGACAAGGCCUCUUCUUGCCCCAAGCAUACUUGCUUUCUUCUGCUUCCGGUCUUCGGCAUGUUUUGCUCUCCUGUCCCCCCUAAAAUAAGAUAAGAGACUGAUGUUAUACGAGUCAUUUCUAAUGGGAGACUAAUCUAUAUCAGCCAGUGUGUGCUUUCAGUUUAAACAUACCGUGUCUGGACUUUGGUCUGUUUGUAAUUCUUCUGAUGAGAGUUGCCAAUCAGUGACUUGUUGGCUGCUGCGUUUUCUUGGAUGUCUCCAAACGGCUUGAGUUUACCUAGAAACAUAAAAACUGUGAUUUGUCUGUCUACUGAAACUAUAUUUCAGAGAAACAGAAAUAAUACGUGGCGUUGUACCUGAAUGAGGCUUGUAGGCGAGGACACGAGAAAGACUGGCUUUCAGAUCAAAGCCUGACUUAUUUUGUGUUCCGGGGGUUGUUGAAGUACUUGUGUUGCCGAUGAAAACAAACGCUCCUUUGGAAUUAAGCGAUGGAGAAAUUAAAUCACACUUUACGCACAUAUUUUGGCAAAUGAAGAUCCAUUUCCAAGGAUUAAAAAGGCAAAGGUACCUGGAGAUUUUGGGGCAGAGAAAGUUGAAAUCUUGGCAUUUCUGGGCCUUCCUCCAUCAGCGGGC